CCUAGUUACCGCAACGAUCAUGUACAUUGCUAAAAUGAUUCACCAUAUUCCUUCAUUUCUCACCUAGCCCUUCGAAGUGAGUUCUUCGUCACUCUUUCUACUCUACCAAACACAAUACUUUCACUGCUCAAAAUUUGUUUUCCUCUUCCCCCACCGGGGAUAACCACAUCCAAGCAUGGCUUCUCCUGAAGCAGAAUCUUCCACAAUGGCAGAACCUCAAACAAUCAAGCAGCACCUGCCAACUGGUGAGAUGGCAGAGGAGAUGCGAAAACGCGAACCUCAUAACAACAAAUCUCUCGAGAAGUACCUACCCGUCGAAGGUUUUGUAUGGAAGUCGGAGCUGAACCCCGCGCGUACUUACCUCUUGACAACUUCAGAGUGCGAUGACUUCGUCAAAGUAUUCGAGGGACUUGUUGAGUUCUGGGGCGACGAACACGCUCCACUCUCCUGGCUCGUGGGUUUCUUCAAGACAGGUGCCUAUUUGGCCAAACAUCUUCGAAUCAGUGACUUUAACCCCCGCCAGUUCUGGAAAGAGGUUGCCCAACACAUGGGAGGUUGGUAUUGGCUGCGCGACAUUCACGAAGAGACCCUGUUCAACUUCUCAAUCAAGGCCAUGGCAGCGCGACAGCAAUUCAUCGACGAGCAGCCCGCGAAGACGGCUGAGAGCAUGAGGAAGCUCCUUCGCUAUAUCGACCACAACGACGAGGAUAGCGAUAGCGAAAGUGAUUACGAAGAUGCUUUAGAGGACCUGCUAGCUGAGGACACCGACGAGUUGGCGAAGGCGGUAGACAAGUUCAUCAGGAGCAUUCGCCAUAAGUGCUGCAACAUCGUCAGGCCCUUCAUCGUUUACCGACACGAACGUGAGGCGAUCAAUGAGGAGCGCAGGGUCAAGCGCGACCAGUUCCUGCCCCCUUGGGUCUUUGAGUCGGAUGAAGAGUUAGAGGACUACCUCUAGGAGAAGUCGGAGUGGGAGGUGAAGUGAUGUGAUGUUUUAGUUUCGCAAAAA